AAUUCGACGCAUACACUUUAAAGCAUAUUAAUGAUCGUGUUAAAUAUCCGACUUUUAUGUCAUUCUUAUCAACAUCUCGUAUUGACUUUGUUUGGACUUCUCCUGAACUUGCUUUUAAUUUCACUACUUGUAAUACUGAACCGGUCUUACCACAAGUCUCAGAUCAUUGA